AUGUUGUUCGCCGUCUUGUUCACGGCGACCAGGUUCCUGCAAAUCAUCACCUUGAUCCCGACAAUGGGCAUGCUAGCCUGGUUCGUCGAUGGCUUCGUCAAGAGCAACUUCAUUGUUCCCAACUCGAUCCUCGUCCUCUUCAUCGUCUCCGUCCUCGCCCUUGCCUGGGCCAUCGUCACCCUCUUCAGCUACCACCGCAGCAGCACAAACGCCCUCUUCGUCGCCGUCAUCGACCUCGCCUUCGUCGGCGCCUUCAUCGCCGGCGUCUGGUACCUGCGCGGCAUCAACUACGUCAGCUGCACCGAUCUCGCCCGCAACGGCACCUGGUCUGCCAACUUCCCCGGCUUCAUCGUCGUCUCCGGCCCGCGCUUCAACCUCUUCACCAACAAGCCUUGCGCCAUGCUCAAGGCGUCGUGGGUCUUUGGCAUCAUCAACACCAUCCUCUUCUUCUUCACCGCCGUCCUCGCCUGGCUUCACGGCGAUCACCUCUCCUCGAGGUACGAGCGCAAGUCCUACCACCACGGCCACCACCACCACCACCACCGCCACCGCAGCCACAGCCACAGUCAUAGCCGCGGUCACAGCCAUCGCUCCCGCAGCCGUCGCAGCUCCCACUCGCACCGCCGUGUCUACGUCUAA